CUGCAGCACUGGCGCGGCCCCCUCACCCCCGCGCCGCGCGGGACCAGGUAACCGAACUGCUAGAGGUCAGGAUGGAGAGGUACGCGUUCGGCGUGCACUCUCGCACCUUCGCGCAGCUGAUGCCCAGGGGCUUCGCGAAGGAAUCCGGCCCGAUGCCGGCGACGAUGUCGCUCGACCUGCUCAUUGCCGGGCUGGUGGGUUCACUGAGCGCGCCGCG